AUGAAUUGGCCCAACUGUUUAUUCCCUAUACUGCUUGUUUUCACCUCUAUCCUUCUGACGUCAACUGAAGCGUUCUUCUUUAGAAGAUUACGGAUCAGAAUCGGAACAAUACCAACAACCAGACCACCUGUAGUUAUCCCUACAGAAUGCAAUGAAGUGAUUGACGGUGUAUGUUACCAGUAUUGUACCGGAGGAGGUUGCCACAUGGAAUGUUUUAACUCAGAAUAUUACCAUUCCUGUUACCAGUUUUGCAAUGGUGAGUAUCUAGUUUAAGCUUACUGAUGGACCUUUUCAAUUUUUUUCGAUCGGUUUCUCCGGUUUUUCUGGUUGGGAAAUGAAAUUGACCCUCUGCCGUCAGCCACUUUUUAUGGAAAACCCGCAUUUUGGACCAAAUCCUCCUUUUUGAACCGUUUUCAGCCAGUUAGCAUGGGAACGGCUAGAAAAGAGGUUUCCAACACAAAGGACAAUUUUCUGCUAAUUGGAGGUAAUUAAACGGCCUUUUUGUUUUUCACGUUCCAGCUGGUUGUUGUAGACAGUCGGCAAGUAAGCGCGCGGAAGCGCUCUUCUCUCAGAUUGAAAAUUCAUUCAAAGCGUCGUUUGUCAAAGUGAAGUGUCAGGAGCCCACAAUUCAAGUGCAGGCCACUUUUCGUACCUAAUUAUGCCACGCUAGAGGCAGAUUAGUAACUCUUUGCUAUGUAGAGCAUGAUCCGUUGAUUAAAAAUUGGUUAUUGCUCGUGCUGCCUUGAUCUAGCCUGUGCCAGGCUCUCAGAUAGUAUAGUGGGGACGUACUAAAACGAGCAGAGCGAAAAUAAGACGCGCGCGUCUUGGGAAAGGGGGCAGUGGCGGCGAGAAAAAUGAGCUGAGAGCCACCGCCCUGUCUGUCUCCAGCCCCCGCGCGUUUUUCGCAUUUCUUUUUACACCUUUUUACUCAACGACUUUUCACCACUAUCUUGGAGCCUGGAACAGGAUACCUUGAUCAUGCUCGGCUCACUACAAAAUCCAAGAGCGUUUGCUUUCCCUGUUGUAAUGAAAUGAACAUUUGUUGCAGUUCACGCGAUGUCGAUACAAUGUUUCCUUUUCGCUCACUCACAGGCCUCCGUCUCUUGGUUUCCUAAAAAUUGCGUCAUCUUCUAACUAGUUUGAAACCUUCCCAAACUUUUAGACAACACGACCUACUCGACGAUCUGAAGCACUUCUUAUGACAUCGAUCCCUAAAACACAUUUUACAUUUUUACUACAUAUUUGCCGAGUGCAAAUUUGUAAUCAUCAUCCCGAGUCAUCAUCAUCAUCAUUAUAAUAAUAAUAAUAAUAGUAAUAAUAAUAAUAAUAAUAAUAAUAAUAAUAAUAAUAAUAACAAUAAUAAUGAUAAUAAUGCUAAACAAUAAUGAUGAAAAUGAUAAAAUUAACUUAAAGCAAUGCUAUAAGGGCAUACCCAACUGUUAGACUGGACAGUGCAUGUUCUUUCAGCACUGCGUCUUAAAAUAACAAAUCCCUGUGUCAGAGGGACAGGGAAACGUUUACUACGUUUAAAACUUUUAUUUCAUUUUAUCUAGAUGGAAAUUGUAACAUGGAAUGCUCGGCUCCCACUAAGUGCACAUUUAGCUGUACAGGGGGAAAGUGUGCAACAGUUUUGUGCAAAGCUGAUACUUGUGAACAGAGUUGUACUGGUGGUGGGUGUGGUCUGGAAUGCCAUGGAAGCAGCUGUGACCAAAGUUGCACAUCAGGCAACUGUCAGCUGCAGUGUCCGAGUGAGGGAGAGAAAUGUGAUCAGUGGUGCUUAAUCAACAAAGACCAGUGCACCAUAGAGGAAACUGCUCCUGAUGAGUGUAAUGGAGGCGUGGAGGAUGGCGUAUGUUAUCAGUUGUGCAACCAAGGGGGCUGUGAUAUGGAAUGUUACGAAAAUUCGUUAUAUUACCAUUCCUGUGAACAAUCCUGCACUGGUAUGUUUAAAGGUUCUGAUUGUAUGUUAUUCUCUUAGUUUAUUUAGUAUUAAUUGUUGCAUGUAUCAUUUCGUUUUGUUCAGUAAUGUUAAAUGAACCUCUAAUAACUUCACAAUACUUACCAAUGUACUUACAAAAACUUCGCAACAUGUGUACGCUAUCUCUACUAUAAACGAUUGAAAGUCUAACACGAAGUAGCCUGCGAACAGCAGACGCAUUUCCGGUCGUCGCUUCUCUCCCUCCGAAAAAUAGCGUCGCUAUUUUUCCAAGGGAGAGAAGCGACGACCGGAAAUGCGUCUGCUGUUCGCAUGUUAAACACGAAGUCAUCCUUAUGCUAUUGUUUAUACAGGCAAAGCCACCGGAAGAAAUGGAUUUGCACAAAUUCGCUCUCGACAAAUACAGUAAACACCCGCGUACAAGAACUUACAUUUUUUAGGCCUGGUAAAAAAAGUUCUCGUAUUUUGGGGUAAUUACUGGCAAUUAAGGAUAAGUAGGUCCUUAUACGUUCGUAUUCUAUAAGAUAUAUGCUAUAGUUGACUAUCAGAAACAUAAAGAAACUUAAGUUUAGUUCUUAAGUAUACAGUACUUAUUCAUAACUGUACAUUGCAAACUUCCUUUACGUAAGGUCUAUAUGAAGACAGUUACAAUCUGUUCCUUUUAUAAACCUGUCAGUUUCGUUGUAGGAAUUACUGUACCCUUACUGUAAUACUUCUAUUUGUAAUUACAGUUUGAUGCAGCAUUUUCUUGGAAUGUCAGUUGGCAAUCUUGAAGUAAAAUUCCUUGGUUAAAAUUCGAUAAAAUGUUUAUCAUAUUAUUUACCUGUGACCCACAUAUAAGAACCAAACCCAUUUUUCUUGGCUAAACAGGCUUUUAUAUUUUUGGGUAUUUAAGUGCCACAUUUUUCCACCAGGUUCUUAAACUUCUAGGUUCUUAUUAGCCGAUGAUUACCGCAGUAUUUACAACCCCGUGUUUUUGGUAUGUAAAUGUGGCAUUUACCAUCUUUGCCCCAGAUUCACUACUCAGUUUUUACAUUUUUUUCUACAUAUUUGCUGAGAGCAAAUUUGUAAUCAUCAUCAUCAUCAUCAUCAUCAUCAUCAUCACCAUCAUCAUCAUCAUCAUCAUCAUCAUAAUGCUAAACAAUAAUGAUGAUAACGAUAAAAUUAACUUAAAGCAAUGCUAUAAGGGCAUACCCAACUGUUAGACUGGACAGUGCAUGUUCUUUCAGCACUGCGUCUUAAAAUAACAAAUUCCUGUGUCAGAGGGACAGAAAAACGUUUACUACGUUUAAAACUUUUAUUUCAUUUUAUCUAGAUGGAAAUUGUAACAUGGAAUGCUCGGCUCCCACUAAGUGCAAAUUCAGCUGUACAGGGGGAAAGUGUGCAACAGUUGUAUGCAAAGCUGAUACUUGUGAACAGAGUUGUACUGGUGGUGGUUGUGGUCUGGAAUGCCAUGGAAGCAGCUGUGACCAAAGUUGCACAUCAGGCAACUGUCAGCUGCAGUGUCCGAGUGAGGGAGAGAAAUGUGAUCAGUGGUGCUUAAUCAACAAAGACCAGUGCACCAUAGAGGAAACUGCUCCUGAUGAGUGUAAUGGAGGCGUGGAGGAUGGCGUAUGUUAUCAGUUGUGCAACCAAGGGGGCUGUGAUAUGGAAUGUUACGAAAAUUCAUUAUAUUACCAUUCUUGUGAGCAAUCCUGCACUGGUAUGUUUAAAGGUUCUGAGUGUAUGUUAUUCUCUUAGUUUAUUUAUUGUUGUUGCUUCUAUCAUUUCUUUUUGUUCACUAAUGUGAAAUGAACCUCUAACUUCACAAUACUUACCAAUGUACUCACAAAAACUUCGCAACAUGUGUACGCUACCUCUACUAUAAACGAUUGAAAGUCUAACACGAAGUAACCUGCGAACAGCAGACGCAUUUCCGGUCGUCGCUUCUCUCCCUCCGAAAAAUAGCGUCGCUAUUUUUCCGAGGGAGAGAAGCGACGACCGGAAAUGCGUCUGCUGUUCGCAGGUUAAACACGAAGUCAUUAUGCUAUUUUUUAUAGAGGCAAAGCCACCGGAAGAAAUGAUUUUGUACAAAUUCGCUCUCGACAAAUACAGUAAACACCCGCGUACAAGAACUUACAUUUUUUAGGUCUGGAAAAAAGGUUCUCGUAUUUUGGGGUAAUUAUUGGCAAUUUAGGAUAAGUAGGUCCUUAUAGGUUCGUAUUCUACGAAGGAUAUAUGAUAUAGUUGACUAUCAGAAACAUAAAAAAAAUUAAGUUUAGUUCUUAAGUAUACAGUACUUAUUCAUAACUGUACAUUGCAAACUUCUUUUACGUAAGGUCUAUAUGAAGACAGUUACAAUCUGUUCCUUUUAUAAACCUGUCAGUUUCGUUGUAGGAAUUACUGUACCCUUACUGUAAUACUUCUAUUUGUAAUUACAGUUUGAUGCAGCAUUUUCUUGGAAUGUCAGUUGGCAAUCUUGAAGUAAAAUUCCUUGGUUAAAAUUCGAUAAAAUGUUUAUCAUAUUAUUUACCUGUGACCCACAUAUAAGAACCAAACCCAUUUUUCUUGGCUAAACAGGCUUUUAUAUUUUUGGGUAUUUAAGUGCCACAUUUUUGCCACCAGGUUCUUAAACUUCUGGUUCUUAUUAGCGGAUGUUUACUGCAUUAUUUACAACCCCGUGUUUUUGGUAUGCAAAUGUGGCAUUUACCAUCUUUGCCCCAGGUUCACUCCUCAGUUUUUACAUUUUUACUACGUAUUUGCCAAGUGUAAAUUUGUGAUCAUCAUCCCGAGUCAUCAUCAUAAUAAUAAUAAUAAUAAUAAUAAUAAUAAUAAUAAUAAUGCUAAACAAUAAUGAUGAUAAUGAUAACAUUAACUUUAAGCAAUGCUAUAAGGGCAUACCCAACUGUUAGACUGGACAGUGCAUGUUCUUUCAGCACUGCGUCUUAAAAUAACAAAUUCCUGUGUCAGAGGGACAGGGAAACGUUUACUACGUUUAAAACUUUUAUUUCAUUUUAUCUAGAUGGAAAUUGUAACAUGGAAUGCUCGGCUCCCACUAAGUGCACAUUCAGCUGUACAGGGGGAAAGUGUGCAACAGUUGUGUGCAAAGCUGAUACUUGUGAACAGAGUUGUACUGGUGGUGGGUGUGUUCUGGAAUGCCAUGGAAGCAGCUGUGACCAAAGUUGCACAUUAGGCAACUGUCAGCUGCAGUGUCCGAGGGAGAGAGAGAAAUGUGAUCAGUGGUGCUUAAUCAACAAAGACCAGUGCACCAUAGUGGAAACUGCUCCUGAUGAGUGUAAUGGAGGCGUGGAGGAUGGCGUAUGUUAUCAGUCGUGCAACCAAGGGGGCUGUGAUAUGGAAUGUCACGAAAAUUCGUCAUAUUACCAUUCCUGUGAACAAUCCUGCACUGGUAUGUUUAAAGGUUCUAAGAGUAUGUUAUUCUCUAUAUUUAAUAUUGUUGCUUCUAUUUUGUAUUAAUGUGAAAUAAACCUCUUACUUCACAAUACUUACCAAUGUACUCACAAAAACGUCGCAACAUGAGCACUACCUCUUCUGUAAACAAUUGAAAGUCUACCACAAAGUUACCCUUAUGUAACUGUAGGUAGGUGAUGCACUGUGAAGCUGAGGAAAAGAAACUCUGUGCAGUGUUUAUGUGAAUUGUUAGUGUCCCUUACAUAACGUAGUAACUUUUAAAUGCAUGCUGUUAUGCUUUGUUCUCCACUUCAAAAUGAAGGUUUUGAACGUCUCCGAAGUUCAAAAGUUUUAUGUCCCUACCACAGAUAAUUACAGUAAUAAUAACAACAACAACAACAACAAUGAUAAUGAUAACAAUAAUAAUAAUAAUAAUAAUAUUGAUAAUAACGUUUUUGCAAUCAGGUAUACAUACGAUGAGUAUCACUUCUGACUUUCCAUUUUUUUAGUUGGAAAUUGCAACAUGGAAUGCUCGGCUCCCACAAAGUGCACAUUUAUCUGUACAGCGGGAAACUGUGCAACAGUUGUAUGCAAAGCUGAUACUUGUGAACAGAUUUGUACUGGUGGUGGGUGUGGUCUGGAAUGCAAAGCUGAUACUUGUGAACAGAUUUGUACUGGUGGUGGGUGUGGUCUGGUAUGCAAAGCUGAUACUUGUGAACAGAUUUGUACUGGUGGUGGGUGUGGUCUGGAAUGCCAAGGAAGCAGCUGUGAGCAAAGGUGCACAUCAGGCAACUGUCAGCUGCAGUGCCCAAGUGACGCAGAGAAAUGUGAUCAGAGUUGCACAAUCAACAAAGACCAGUGCACCAUAGAAAAGGUUUAA